UAAUUCAGGUUCUCCCUGGCGCGGGCAGGUGCUGGACUUCCUGCUAACAGGAGGAGGGUGAUUCGGCUGAGCGGCUGCUGUAGGGUCUUACUGCCUUGGCCCUUUGAUUGCCGAAUCAGCUCUCAGAGAAGGGUGAGCGCCUGCCCGCUUGCAAGAAAAGAGCCUUUUCGAAGGCCGCUGGUGGGGGAUUUGAUCGCUAAUCGUCGGCCAAAAUGGUGGCUUUCUCAAAAGAAUAUGGCUAUGUGAUUCUCACUGGUACUGCCAGUUUUGUCUUGAUAACACACCUUGCAGUAAAUGUGGCGAAUGCACGCAAGAAAUAUCAUGUGGAGUAUCCAACCAUGUACAGUAUAGACCCUGAAAGUGGGCAUAUCUUUAACUGUAUCCAGAGGGCACACCAGAACACCUUGGAAACAUAUCCUUCCUUCCUGUUCUUUCUUGGAAUCAGUGGGAUCUAUUACCCGCAUGUUGCUACAGGACUUGGUAUAGCAUGGAUAAUUGGAAGAAUACUCUAUGCUUAUGGCUAUUACACAGGAGAUCCUAGUAAGCGAAAUCGUGGAGUCCUCGGUUCCAUUGCACAUCUGUGUUUGGCAGGGACAACUGUUUACUCCGCUUUCCAGCACCUUGGCUGGAUCUGCAGAGCCUAGGCAGCAUCCAUUCUGGUGACUUCCUGAGAUGUCUUUAAACAUUUCUCUCAUGUAAUUUUUAUUAUUGCUUUGUAAAAAAAAUAAAAAAUAAAAACAAAAAUGAAUCACC